AUGCUACCGAACGACGAUUCGCUCUAUCUCUAUAACCUAACACUACGAUCAUCUUCACUGGCGCCAAAAUCCAUUGUGGGCCAGUUUUCAGGCCAGAAAAAGUCUCAGGAAUUGGUGCUUGCAACAUCCACCACCAUUGAGCUUUACAGACCUAAUACCGAAACCGGAAAAGUUAUGAAAGUAAUGGCACAGACCUCUUUCGCAAAUUUACAGAAUAUAGAGAAGAUCCGCUUGGUAGGCACCCACAAGGACUUGUUGGUGGUCACAUCGGAUUCUGGAAAGAUCGUGGUGGCAGAAUACAAAGAAUCCAUUUCGAUGUUUGUUCCGCUAGUACAAGAGCCACACUCUAAAAACGGUUUACUGAAACUCAAUCCAGGUGAAUACCUCAGUGUAAAUCCAAAAAAUCGGGCACUUAUGGUGGCUGCCAUAGAGCGCAAUAAGCUAGUAUAUAAGGUGGAGAUGGAGAAUGCAGCAGGACUCUUGGAGUUGCUGUCUCCACUCGAAGUAUCGUCCAAGAACACGCUUACGUUACUGAUAUGUGCAUUAGACACGGGAUACGAUAAUCCUCUUUGGGCAGCCAUUGAGGUAGACUACAGUCAAUACCUGAAUAGGCAUUACGAUCCAAACUCGUCUCCGCUUCUUCUCAAUUACUACGAGUUAGACCAGGGUCUUAACCACGUUGUUGUGAAGCGAAGCAAGCCCGACUUGCCAGCUUCAGCGACGUUGCUUGUGCCACUUCCGGGCCACAUUGGCGGAAUACUCAUCUGUUGUGAGUCUUACCUCAUAUAUGAGCGAGAAAUCGGCGGAGAUCGCAUCUACCUCCCUCUUCCGGUGAGAGAGAAGACUUCUAAGACAGUUAUUGUUGAUUCGUUCUUGCAUACUCUCAAAAAAGACGACUUCUUCAUCUUGCUUCAAAGCUCCAUUGGCGAUCUAUUCAAGGUUACUAUGGACUAUGACUCAGAUGCAAAGGCCAUUGACAAGAUGUAUGCCACAUAUUUUGACUCCAUUUCGGCAUGCAACAGUAUCAAUGUGCUCAAAAGCGGAUUCUUAUUUGCCAACACCACAGACAACAAUAAGUUAUUCUACCAGUUUGAAAAACUUGGCGAAAACAACGAAACAACGUUAGCCUCUGUUUCCAGUGAAGACCUCUUGGAACCUCCAGAACCUUUCAAGCCGCAGGGUCUCCAGAAUUUGGCCUUGGUGGACAUUAUGGAGUCUUUGACCCCAUUGGUGGAUGGUGUAUUAUUUGAGAGAGCUUCCAAAGAGUCCUCUGAUCUGCUCAAGCAGCUUGUAACGCUAUCUUCCCACUCAUACAUGAAAAUUUUGACUUAUGGUCUUCCAGCGACAGAGUUGGUGUCGCUGCCUUUGCCUAUAGUGCCUACCAAUAUUUUCACCACGAAAGUAACCUCAAGCUCACCCAACGAUGACUACUUGGUUCUCACCACGUCACUUGAUUCCAAGACUUUAGUUCUUUCUAUUGGCGAGGUUGUAGAAGAGGUCAACGACUCGGGAUUUGUGGUGGACCAGCAGACUUUGGCUGUUCAGCAAGUUGGAAAGCAUUCAAUAGUACAGAUCCACGGCAACGGGAUUCGUCAUGUGCAUCAUAUCCUCGGUGAAGACGGAGAAGUGACUUCAAAGAAGAAGACUGACUGGUUUCCUCCUGCUGGAAUCUCCGUCUUGCAAGCAAGCACAAACAGUGAACAGAUCAUCAUUGGAUUAUCCAACCGAGAGGUUUGCUACUUCGAGAUCGACUCUUUGGAUGACCAGCUUGUUGAGUACCAGGAUAAAUUAGAGGUUUCGGAAGGUUCCAUUACUGCACUUUGCCUUGCAUCCAACUUCAUUGGGGAAGUAAAGGGAAGAAGCAGCUUUGCCAUCAUUGCUUCGUCAGAUGAGACCAUCCAGGUGAUUUCGCUUCUACACCACAAUUGCUUUGACGUCUUGAGUAUCCAGGCUCUCUCUGCAAACUGCUCUUCCUUGUUGAUGUUGCCCAUGGACAAAGAUACACUAUAUGUUCACAUGGGACUUUCCAAUGGUAUCUAUGCUCGGGUAAACAUUGAUGUGAUCUCUGGGAAGUUGAGUGAUACGCGACUCAAAUACUUGGGCACCAAGCCUGUUCAGCUUCGAAGCGUUUCCUUGCCAGGACUUAAACAAUCAGCAAUUUUGCUUAUCAGUUCCCGACCCUGGCUAGGAUUUUUCAAUUUCAACACUGCUUUUCGUCUUACUCCGCUUCUUGGAACCGAUAUCCAGAGUGGAACUUCCUUUUACUCGGAGGACAUAGGUACCGAGAGUAUUGUGGGUAUCAGUAAUGGAGAUUUAACUAUUCUCACGGUUGGAAAUGAUGAUUCGGGGGGCUUUAAUGUUAACAAUGAGUUCAGCACUGAGCUGAUAAAGCUACGGUAUUCACCUCGAAAGCAGAUUAAGGAUUCCAAGUCCAGCACAUUUUUUGUUGUGGAAUCGGAAUUCGGAACUGUCUCUCCAUAUUCCACCAACUCUGAUGUGGACUCUGACUACUACGACGCAUUUGGAUACGAAAGAAAGCACAAUUCGUGGGCUUCUUGUUUACAAGUGGUGGACAUAUCACAGUCUGAAGUCACUCAGACGAUGGAAUUUGAUAAUAACGAAUGCGUCACGUCUAUCUGUCAAGCCAAACUUGGAGAGUUUGAUUAUGUGGUUGUUGGAACUUCAGUUAACCAGACAUUUCUACCUCCAUCUUCCACAGGCAGCUUCCUCUACACUUUUUCUGUCCAUAGACCCAAAGAUGGCAGCGUGUCUAUUGAACUCGUUCAUAAGACAACUGUUGACAGUGCUCCAAGUGCGCUUGUUGCUUUCAACGGCAAGGUUUUGGCAUGCGUGGGCAACCAAUUGCGUCUCUACGAACUUGGAAAGAAGCAGCUACUUCGUAAAUCUUCUACAGAUAUUGACUACUUGCGCCGAGUCACCAAAGUAGUCCAUAUUGGCGGAGAUGUGAUUUUGGUUGGAGAUUCCAGCGAAUCGGUGUCGUAUCUCAAGUUUGAGGCCCGAAACAACGCUUUCUCGCCGUUUUGCAAUGAUGUUAUGAGAAGGCAAAUAACCUCACUAGAGUCACUCGACAACAGGACUGUCAUUGGUGGCGAUAAGUUCGGAAAUAUCUUUGUGAGCAGAAUUCCGUCCGAGACAGCUGAGCAGUUGACAGAUAACGUUGUGGUGAACAACCAAGAAAGUUUUCUAGGAGCUUCUGGUGCUAGACUCUCAACAGUAUGUGAGUUCUACGUGGGGGACAUAAUCACUUCUUUCCAAAAGGGUACUUUCGUGUUGAAUGGAACAGAAAGCAUAAUCUACACUGGAAUCGAGGGUACAGUUGGCCUCUUGGUUCCUGUAGCAACAAAACACGAGACAGAAUUCUUAUUGAAGUUGGAGACUCUUCUUCGUAAACACUUUGACAUAAGUUUCGAGGAAUUUGGCUCUGGGAAAUAUACUCCAAGUGUUGUUGGCAGAGAGCACCUGAAAUUUCGUGGAUACUACAACCCGGUUAAGAACGUCAUUGAUGGGGACUAUGUGGAAAAGUUUUACGAUCUCGACUCAGCAACGAAAAUCAAGUUAGCUGGACAACUCGACAGAACGCCAAAGGAAGUGGAGCGCAAGAUUUAUGACUUACGUAAUAGAGCAGCAUUCUGA